UAUUUCCGCAAAGUUAGUUAUGAUUGUCGCCAAAGAGUCUGUUAUGCAAAGCUUUUAACGAAUUUUCUCUUUCUUUCUCUCUUUUCAUCGCUUCAUUGUUUCUGCAAUCAUGGCGUCCGGCGAUGAUUCUAAUACUGAAAUCGUCUGUUUGAUUAGAAUUUCUGACGAUGGCAUUGAGGAGGAGAAGGAAGAAGCUGAAAAUCGCAAGAAUAUGAAGGAAGAGGCUGGACAAGAAGGGGAUCAAGGUGUUGCUGCCUCUAAUGAUGAUAAAACUGACAUCCUCAAUCUCACAGCGACGUUCUACAACCAGAUGAAAAUUUAUGCCAGUGACAUAAAAGAAGGGGAGAAAGAAGAAGCUGAAAAUGAAGAAAACAAGGAGGAAGAAGCUAGAAAAGAUGAGAGUGAUCAAAUUACGGCCAAGGUCGUUGAGGAGGAGAAGGACGAAGAUGAAAAUCACAAGAAUGUGGUGGAGGCUGUAAAAGAAGGGAAUCGAGGUGUUGCUGCCGCUACUGAUGAUAAAAUUGACGUCCCUUAUCUCACAGCGAGAUGCCACAAACGGAGGAGAAUCUAUGCCAAUCUGCCGGAAGCUGAAAAUGAGGGUGGACAAGAUGGGAAUGAGUGGGGAGGGGAUCAAGGCGCCGCUGCUUACGACCGCCGUAGCCCCGAUAGCGAAAGUGUUGAUUCUGGUACUCCGGAUGAUGAUGAUGAUGAUUAUUAUUAUUAUGAUGACGAUGUUGGAAGUGACAGAGAAAGCCAUAAAAUAGCAAUAUGGGUAAAUGAGGAUGAUAUUGAUGAUAUUCAUAAUGAUAAUAUUAGUUGUGUGGAUACAAUUGAAAAGAAUGAUAAUUGGGCGAGUGCGGAUGACCUUGAGUCUGAAGUUAGAUCAAUUGUGGUUGAAGAAAUGAAAGAUAGUUCCCCUCUUAUCACUGAAAUAAACAUGCGUCUGAGUUAUUCUUCUGGCCAUGAGUUGGGUUGUAAGCUUUUGGACCCUGAAGCAAUGGAAUGGGCUGAAUUUCUUGCAGCUGUGGCCACUGCAAAGGUCUUUAUAAUCAGGGAUGGAUUGAUAGAAUUUUGUUGAUGAAUCAUUGGGGACUCCAUUAUAUCCUCCCAGAAUCAAGAAUCUGGCGUUGCAUGUGCCUUUGGAGCUCUAUAGAGUUGCUGGGGGUACUGAACUUGCGUAUAUUUUGGUCCCCAUUUUGAUUGUCAAAAAUUUGAAGUUUAACAUUGAUAAUCAUUUUUGCGUUUUUUUCUUACUUUAGUUUUGGUCAACAAAAUAAAAUCAAAUGAAAAACUAUAUGCAUGUAGUUACUUUUUUUUCUUCAAAAACAAGAGGAAAAGGGUUAAUUAGUGACAAAACUUUCAAUUUAGAUGACCUUUUGAAACUUCCUUUAACCAAUAAGAGGAUAAAACUGUGAGGUCUGGGAGGCCAAAGCUGAUAGUUUUUCAUAUAUGAUUCGGAUAUGGAUGGUUAUAAUAUGUUUCAGUGUUUCUAACCAUGGGUUCUGCCAUAAUCACAUCGGUGAUGGUGAUAAUUAUCACCCCUUAGCGAACAAUCGUGUUAGUGGAUACGGUGAGAUAGGUUGGUAAUUUAUAUUAUGAAUCUGAUUAAACUGUAUGCAUAAUGUUUAAAAUGCAGCCGUUUCAUUUAAAUAAAGGAACUGCAUUUUAAAAUACACGUGUAACACAAUUUAAAUUCAAAUACAAUGCUCUAUCUAUUAUUGUCAAUUUGAAAUAAAAUUGCAAGUUUCUGUUAGCACUUUGAUUUGAUUUUAUCAUUCUCUAUUUUCAAUUCUCCAUCAUUUAAAACUUCAAAUCAUAUUCUACAAACUAUUAUUUUUUAUUUUUUUUCUAUUGUAUAAUAUUAUUGUUUUUUAUUUUUUUAUUUUUUAUUCUUAUAAUAGACU